ACACCCGUCUGUUCCAUUCCUAUAUCGCAGCCGCAGCUGAAACUAAAGAUCAAGGAUUUGAAUCAGAACAUUGUAUGCAUCUUGUGUGCGGGAUACUUCAUCGACGCCACAACUAUCACAGAAUGCCUCCACACAUUUUGCAAGAGCUGCAUUGUGAAGUACCUGCAGAUGUCCAAGCAGUGCCCAAUGUGCAACAUCAAGAUUCACGAAACUCAGCCCCUGAUCAAUCUCAGGCCGGACAGGACCAUGCAAGAUGUGGUCUACGGUCUAGUGCCCAAUCUCUUUGAAAGUGAGGAGAGGAGAAAGCGGGAUUUCUAUCGAGCGCGAGGCUUGGACAAGGUGCAGAGCAAAAUACAGCAGAAGUCUUUCAGUGGCAAGCUGGACCCAUCAGGUGGCCACUUCUACCGAAACGACGAACAGGUGUCCCUGUGUCUGGAGAAGUACAGAUGUCAGGGGAUUGACGAAAAUGAGGAACCUUACAAUGCCCUUCAGAAGAGGUACAUCCGCUGCUCGGUGCGAGCCUGCGUCUCCCACCUGCAGAAGUUACUCAUGAAGAAACUGGCCAUUCCCGACAGAAUGGAGAUCAAUCUCUUCUGUCAGGACCAUAUUCUGUACGAGGAUGAGCCAAUGAAAUAUGUGUGGUUGGCCCAUUGGCAAGGCAAGGCGGCGCCUAUGGUCCUGCACUACCAGGUGAGGUCCAGUAGAUCCGCAGCCGACAAAAAUGGAUGAACCAAGUUUAGACUCAACCAAGUGAACCCAUGUAGCUUUCUUCAAGUCAGUAAAGUCAGGAAAGCACUGGAGACUUUUUUAUGUUCCCUGCUAAUGCACUGGCUGUUAUUUUGUGAAGUACUGUUUUUUUUAGCUAUGCAAGAUUUGACCAUCUUCAGAUUUUGAACUGAAACUACAUGUGCAUCAUGUGCGAACACGUGCGUGCCAGGAAUCACAGUACUGAGUUAUACGUGUAUUAUUUUGGUGAAGAAAGAUGUCACAGCUGAAGCAAGAGUUGGUGGUGAUGCUAUGAAGGAACACGUGCAGGAAGGCAAUAUGUAUUCGUAUUCACUUACAUCCGUUAUGUUUAUGUAUUUAAACCUCUUUAAAGUAUUUUUCAACAACGUUUAUUACUGGAAAAACAUAAAUUUUGGGAUGAGGGAAUUCAUCUUUUCUGCCCUUGUUUCUCUCUCCCCCUUGUUUCAUUUAGUAACGUUUACUGCCAUGAGUCACCUUGUACUUACACUUUCUUUCCGACUAAGACACCUGUGAAAUGACUCAUUAGGCCUUAUAUUGCACUGUAGGUGAUUACAUUUGUAUAUUCCAUAUUGAAUCCAUAAAACUAAAACAGUACUGGGACGGGUUAGAGUAUAAAGACAAAUGUGGUUUGGAACGGUACCAGCAGUCAUGUGCCCAAGUGGGAUGGUAGACUUUGAGGCUUAGUACUCAUACCAGGGUUGGUGGAGUGUUCAGAAAGGGAACGAGUUUAAGUGCUUUGGCAUAGAUAUGCAAGCAGUAUUGAGGAAUUGGCAAAGGGACUCUGACUUGAGCUAUUUUUGUAAUGUUGUGUCACCACACUUUUAAGGAGAGGAUGGAAUGGGUGAUGGCGUUAUUAACUAUGCAACAUAAGGUGAUUAUUUUUUUAGCUUGUUGGGAGGGGUGGGAACAGAAAUAUGUCUUCUUCCCACGCAUUGUUUCAUAUUAAAAUGUAAUACAGUAGCUCUGUCUACCACCUGCACUAUCUAGCCCAUGUUAGUGGUUCCUCCCAAAUCCGCAGAAUCUUUUUUUCUUCAAGGGUGCUAGUCAUUGACUGAAGUCUUGGACAGUCUUGAAGACAAGCAGAGAGGAAACCAUCAUGGUGGUGGUUUGGAUAGGGGCUGAAGCAGGCUUUAGUGCAUGCCUGCAUUAUCUUUCCAGCAAUGACAAAGGGGAGGGAGGUCAGGCAGGCACAGUUGUACCUACCUCACCUUCCACUUUCGUGACCUGAUUCAAAUCCUGUCCUGAUGUUGGGACUGGGUUACCUUGUAUUCCCCACAAAACCUUUUCUGAGGUUUUCCUCCCACCUCAAUAAACAAGACAUUCUGUUAUUGUCUUUUCCACACCCUGUAAGGAGAGCAGUUUUUAACCGAUGAUAGGACUUUUUCUUGCUAAAUAAGAAUAAAUGAAAAUGACAUUACCAGUCGUCAUCAAUGCCAGGCAGUGCCCUGCCAUUGCAUGAAAUGAUUGAUUCAGAAUUGUGCAGCUUUUUGAGGUGAUAAGUACUUAGUGAUCGAAAUUGCCGUCUUCAACAGUUUUGCCUUAUUUGAGCCACUUACCGGACUUUUUGUAUUCCUAAAUCAUGGCAGUAGUCAAAGAUAAUACACUGUUGAGUAUUUACUGUGGCUAAACAUUCUGUUGCUGUCACUUUGGACUAUUGGAUUCAUCCUUGCAAGGAGAGCUUUCUAAAAAUGGUGACAUUAAAGUGAUGAUUGGGAUGACAAGAAGUUAAGACCUGCCAUAAGUCAUGUGAUAUGAAUUAAAUUGGAACUUUAAAAAAUGAGACAGGUACUAAAUUUGCUGUUGAUAGAAAAGGGAAUAAUUUACAGUCCAACUGAAUUCUGGUUUAAAGUACAGACUAAGAGUUUUUAAGAAGUGUGUGGAAAUGUAGAUAUAUAUAUAUAAAAUAAUAUUUAUGUAAAUGUUUUAAUGUCAUUUUGAAAUAAAACCGGUCUGUUGGCUAGACCAAGUGCA